UUCAUAUGGUUGAUAGCUACACAGUUUUAUCUGAGUUCACACUACGGAGUACCACCAGUCUCAGUAAACUUAAACAUUUUUGGAUAUAUACUGUUCAUGGAAUUAUAAAUAUCGCUUGAUUUCUUAAACCUCACUCGGAUCAUAAUCAGGAAACAUACACUUGGAAUAUAUUAUUGGGGUUUUUUUUCCCUUGGAGUUUAAUAUAUCUGAGUACAUAACAUUUCAGUUCCAGAAUUUGAAUAUAUUUUUCAUAAGAAAUGUCUGUAGUUGUUACAGAUGCGUGUGUUUCUUUCACGCAAUCUGUACACACGUGAAGGCGUCACGCAUAUUAUUUACUGAUACUAGAUGUGUAUUUUUGAUUUGUUAUCAUUAGCAUUGUUGAUCUUGCCGUGGUGACACUAUGAAUGUCAAAUAUAAGUUGAAUGGGAGGAGCAUGUUUACUUUGUUCGUGCUUCUUUUCUCCACAUGUUGCCUUAUUUUCUCUGUGAUUGUAUUGGUGAAGUAUAUUCCAUUCUCUACAAAGCAACCAGUGACUCAAGGACCAUGUCUGCGUGUUUUGUGUGGGUUCGGCGCAAUUUGUCACUUGAAUAUAAAGAAAGAAGCAAUUUGUGUUUGUCCUGAUUCGUGUCCUCCUAUAUUUUCACCGGUUUGUGGAAGUGAUGGUAUCUCAUAUUACAGCGAGUGCAUGUUAAAAAGGACCGCUUGUGUGGAACGCAAGAUCAUCACAAAAGUUUCUGAAGGGGCAUGUCAGGAAGAAUUUGGGAAUCCUUGCAAUGGGAAGGACUGCGAGUUUGGAUCCGAGUGCAUGCUGUCACAGGAUGGCAUUAGCGCCAAGUGCGUUUGUCCUCAGGAAUGUGAUAUGUCAGAUUAUAACAUUGUCUGUGGCAGUGAUGGCGUAACCUAUAUGAACGAAUGUGAACUCAACCGAUAUGGCUGUAUGCAGAGGAAACAUAUCAUGGUGGCCCGCCAAGGAGUAUGCAAUCCUUGUAAAGGCUUUGAAUGCAGCAGUGGAAUAUGUGGACUAGACGAAGAUCGGUCGCCCUACUGCCGGUGCGAUAUCGAGUGCGAUAAGGUGCCACAGGCGAAAGUAUGUGGAAAUGAUUGGAUUACGUACAAUAGCACAUGUGAGGUAGAAAAGGCCGCCUGUCUGUCAAAUCAGGAUAUAUUCACCAUAAGUAAUGGAGAAUGUGAUAGUAAUAAUCCCUGUUCAAAUUGGGUGUGUCCCCUCGGCCCAUGUAUCGUGAGUUCGAGCGGUGAACCGACGUGCAUUUGUCCAGUCUGUUUGGAUAUAUAUGAGCCUGUAUGUGGCACCAAUGAUAUCACCUACGCCAGCAAAUGUCACUUUAAGAAAGCCCGCUGUGAAAAUGCUAUUGAGAUGGCCAUAAAAUAUGAAGGCCCAUGUGCGAGUUCUGAAGCGUCUAUCUGCGAAGAACACAUCUGUGACUUUGGUGGGUACUGUGCUAUAGAUGGCAGCAAACCGGUUUGCAAAUGUGAUAUGAUGUGUCCUGAUGUGUAUGAGCCGGUGUGCGGAAGUGAUGACAUGUCCUACAGCAGUCAGUGUGCCCUCAGGCAGUCGAGCUGCGAACAGAAAACCCAUAUUAACAUCGCAUAUGAAGGCUUAUGUGAGGGGUGUGAGGAUGUUAAUUGCCCGUUCGGUGGUAUCUGCGAGAUGACAAUAAACGGGGCUGUUUGUGUUUGUCCAGAAGGCUGCGUGAAUGUCAAUGCUGCAGUGUGUGGUUCCGACGGGGUUACGUACAGCAAUGAAUGCGAUUUACGCGUUCAGGUUUGCAAAACAAUGUCAGAUAUAAGUGUGGUUUCUCAAGGCAAGUGUGAUGAAUGUGAGGAUGUGACCUGCGAGUUUGGAGCAUUCUGCGAUCGUGGUCAGUGUCAGUGUCCCGCAUCAUGUCCCCUAGACUACGACCCAGUAUGUGGGGAUGAUGGCAAGACAUACAGUAACGAUUGUUCACUGCGAGCAGCGAUGUGCGAAACCAAGAAAAAUAUCACCAAGGAAUUUGACGGAACAUGUGAAUAUGAAUCUGGCUCGGGCGAUGAUGAAGACAAUGGUUUUGAGUCUGGAUCAGGAUACGAAGGCAGUGGGAUAGGUUCUGGAUCGGGAGAUGAAGAGAUGGGUUCCGGUAAGAUGUGCGAUGCCAGUAAUUGCUUCUACGGCACAUGCGAACAGGAUGAUGAUGAUGAGUUCGGCCACUGCAAUUGCAAGUUGCGUUGCCGUGCUGAGCGUGUACAAGUAGUGUGCGGUUCAGAUGGCAAAACAUAUGCAAGCGAAUGCUUCAUGAUGGAAAAUUCUUGUAGAAGUAAAAAAAUGAUAACUGCAGUGAAGCAGGGACCAUGUGAAGAGGAUUUUGGUGCCUGUGAUGGAGAAACACCAUUAAAGAGACCUGGUUCCAAUGAGGACCUCUACUGUGGACGAGAAGAAGGAUCUGAUACCUGCCCAGAUAAUAGUUACUGUCACACAGAUACAGAGAAAACAUUUGCUAAAUGUUGCCCAGCCAUCACCAUAGUUUUUCCAGAUGAGAAAACGCAUGGAUGUGCAGAAUCAAUGUAUGGUUGCUGUCCAGAUGGUAAAACAUUUGCACGCGGGAACUACUACGCAGGAUGUCCGAGUUUGUGCGACUGUAACAAACUGGGCUCCUACAGAAGCACCUGCGACCCAGCAACAUUGCAGUGCUCUUGUAAGCCUGGUGUUGGUGGCACGAAAUGUAAUCGCUGCGAACCAGGUUUCUGGGACUUCCGGGGAAUACAGAAUGGAAAUAGUGGCUGUAGACCCUGUGGUUGCCAGCCCGGUGGAUCAGUGCGCGAUGAUUGUGAUCAAAUGACUGGAGAGUGUUUGUGCAAGCAGUCAGUCAUGGGAAUGAAGUGCGAAAUCUGCCCCUAUGAAGAAGUCAUGACUUCUUCCGGAUGCGAGUUAUUAAGCCCAGGUCAGGUGAUCAGAUCAUGUGAUCAAUUAGAAUGUCGCUAUGGUUGCAAGGAAGUAAGGGAUAUCGCUACAUGUCUCUGCCCUGUCAGCUGCCCUGAAGUGGGACCAGUUUGUGGAAGUGAUGGCACAACAUACGCUAGUGAAUGCAUGCUGGACCUAGUGGCCUGUCGAUCGCGCCGUGACAUCCGACUCAUCUCAAGAGAGAAAUGCAAAAAGCCUCCGGUGUGUCCAUUUAUUGACUGCGUUGAAUCCUGUCUGCACGGGUAUGAGCAGGAUGAGAAUGGAUGUCAAACAUGCGACUGUAUAGCCGCUACUACAGAGGCUCCAGAUUUUGUCACAACAACCAUGUAUACACCACCAGGGAAGAUGCUUACUGCUGAUAUGUCCACACUAAACCCAGAUGCUAUGAAAACAACCAUGUCUGAAGGAGUCACAGUUCAAACAGAAUUGGUAACAGAGUUUGAAAAACAAACAACUGGCAAACCAGAGAUGGCAGCUGAUGUGACAACAUCAAAGAUUGAUCAGUUUGUGACAUCAACAAUGAUUGUGAUGGAAACAAGUACCAUAUAUGAAACAGUAACCAUCGAUAUUGAUCAGAAAGAAGAAGGUAUGGUGUCUACUAUGAUGCCAAGUGGCAGUAAAAAAACUCCAGAACCUUUCAUGGAAGCCACAAUGAUGGCUACUGAAGUUGCUACCGAACAGUUGUCAGACAUCAAAAUCAUGCCAACAUCUCAAGAGAAGCUUGCAUAUCAGACUACUGGAAUGCCAGAAGUAGAACCCACAAAGAAGACAGAAAUUGUUGUCACACAGACAAUAGAAAUGGAUGUCACAGAGAAGAUGUAUGUUACAGAAAAGGUAGAAGUUGAUGUCACAGAGAAGGCAGAAGUUAAUGUCACAGAAAUGGCAGAAUUUGAUGUUACAGAAAAGAGAGAAGCUGUGACAAUGAAGUAUAUUGGAACUACUAUGAUAUCUGAUGAUGAAGAUGAUACUACAGAAAUGGGAUCAGGAACAGGAGAUGGUGAUGAUGAGGAUGUUGACACCACACCAGGACUCGUAACCAGCAUCAUUGGGACCACAGUGGAGCCUUUGUACACAGCAUCAGGGUGUGAGAUCACAGAGCAUGGGUGCUGUGAUGAUGGCCUCACACCAGCUGAUGGCCCUGACGGAAUGGGAUGCCCAGCCAUGAGAACCACACCAGAACCCCUGCCCCCAGCAUGUGAUUCCAUGCCGUGUCUUCACGGAGGAUCCUGUGUUAACAGGAUGGAAGCCCCUGGAUUCAUCUGUCUAUGUCCCCUUGGCCAAAACGGACCUGUGUGUGAGGAAGGAAAAUGUUUAAAUCCACACCCCUCAUUCUUCGGCCAUUCUUACAUUGCUUUCGAGAAGAGAAGGCGUACUGGAAGCGAGACUAACCUUGAUGUGGAAUUUUACCCAGAAUCUGAUUCUGGCCUAAUCUUCUACUCUUCCUCUUCCGAUGGAAGCGAAUUCAUUUCAUUGGCGAUUGUUGAUGGUUUUGUUGAGUUCAGGUGGCAAGGUACAGAUGCAGAUAUCGCUAGGACGACAGCCGCCAUGUCAACUACUAUGGACAUCACCAAUGAGUUUGAUGCUGGCUUUGGUGAUGCUUUGGUUAUCCGGAGUGCAGAGCCUGUUGCUAUGAAGGAAUGGCACACGAUUGUUGCUAAGCGUGAGCGUCGUGAAGGCAGUCUACAAGUUGACGAUCAAGCAGUAGUUGAGGGCAGGCUAACGAGUGGCUCUCCGUUUCUCAUCCUUGAUACUGAUGUGUUUAUUGGCGGUGUUAUUGACAAUCAAGAUGCAUUGUACCAACAACUCCAAGUGGAUAGUGGCUUAUUCGGUUGUGUGAGGAAAGUUGCUAUAAAUGACGAGCCUUACCAACUGCAGUAUGUAAACGGUGAUGCAUUGUAUGGCGCUAGCAUUUCUGAAUGCGGAGUCAGCCCGUGUGAUGCGCACCCUUGUCUUAACAACGCAACCUGCGUGGAUGAAGCAGAAAACUUCCAGUGUGUAUGUGAUGACGGAUUCUUUGGUCCUCUCUGCGGUGACAUAUUUGUGGACCCAUGUGAAGGUAACAUGUGUCGUUCUGGAUCUACUUGUAUUCCUUUGCCUGAGGGUAGCUAUCGUUGUGAUUGUCCCAUUGGACUACAAGGAGAAAAGUGCGAAGAAGAAGUGGUCGAGGAAAUAUACAUCCCGGCAUUCUCUGGAGUGUCGUACAUUGAGAGACCGGGACUUAAGAAAUACGCAGACGAGACUUCAAUGAAUAUCACAUUCCUCCCAAAGAAAGGUAAUGGAAUGCUUGUGUACAAUGGACAAAAGGGAGCUGGCCCCGAUGGAGAUUUCAUCUCUCUUAAUAUGGUCAACGGUUUCUUGGAAUUCAGAUACGAUCUUGGUGGAGGGGAGGCGAACAUUAGGAGCAAGGAACCUUUGGCUCUGAACGAAUUCCAUAAUGUGUAUUUGACCCGAAACGUAAAAGAUGGUAUGAUGGUUAUUGAUAAUGGUCCAUCUGUAUCAGGAUCAUCUAAGGGAUCUCAAAGGCAGUUGAAUCUGGUUGGGAAUUUGUUCAUUGGGGGAAGUAAAGAUUUCCAAUUUGCAACAAGAGCAGGAAUCACUACAGGCUUUACAGGUGCUAUCAAAAAGUUAAUGAUUGGAGGAGAAAUGAUUGAUAAUUUAAUAGAGGGUGCACUGAAUGUUGUUGAAGUUACUAAUUAUCAAGAUGAUGUGUGCAGUAUGUCGCCAUGCAUGGACGGGUACGUCUGCAUCAAGAACGGAACAACUUACGCCUGUGUAUGCCCAGAUGGUAAAUUUGACACUGAGAAUGGCUGUGCAUCUGUCAUAGAUCCAGGCAUGGAUACAACCAUCGCACCACAAACCACAGAGGUUUCAGAUAAAAAUAAUGUGAAACUUGAUGGAAAUGUACUUCUAACAUACCCUUCAGGAGGCCAAAGAAGAUACAUAGACAGUGGAGCCAUCCCUAGUAAUUUACUAAUGAGAGCCCCUAGUAAAGUGGGCAAAUUUAAGACAAGUUAUUACAGACCUGUACGGGUUAAAGCUGCCAGAUCAAGUCAGAUAGAGUUGGAUGUGAGGACCCACAAUGCAUCUGGUGUUAUUUUAUGGAAUGGACAAGAUAGCGGAAAGAGCGGUGACUUCCUCGCAAUUGCUAUUAUUGACGGGCUACCAGAAUUUGCAUACAACCUUGGAUCAGGUAUUUUGCGAAUCAAAUCUACUAUCCCUAUCAACGAUGGAAAAUGGCAUAGGAUAUUUGCAAUGAGGAAUCUGAGAGAGGGCAGUUUACAGGUGGAUGAUGGGGAGCCUAUUCUUGAUACAUCAAAGACAGGUGCAUCUCAAUUAGAUACAAAUGGAUUAAUGAUAUUAGGUGGUAUUGAAUCUCCUCCCAGUAAUGCACCUGCAGACUAUAGGAACAGAUUUGAAGGAUGCGUACGCAACAUCCAAAUAGUCGGCAACAAUCUGAACUUACUAGAGGAUGCUAUUGGGACCAAACCAACUCAAUUCUGUAGUGACAACUAAAGAUAUAAACUGAUUAAAACACAAUUAUUUGAUCUUUUUUUUGAUGUAUAAAGAGAGCUUGAUGCAGGGUAUGUGAAGAUUAUGGCAGAUUAACAUACCCGGUUGUUACUAAACUAACUACAUGCACAGCAUUUUACAUCAAUCGUACAAAUCAAGCAUCUGGAUUAUCAAAAUUGUUAUUGGCAAAAAUAAGAGAAUUUUGUCCAGCAGAUGCAUAUCUUAUUUUAAUACCUGCUUAAUGUAUAGAUUGAUUUUUCAGCAUUAAAAAAAAAUAAUGAGCAAUAAUCAAUUAAAACAUUUUUUAAAGUGUAAAGUUUAAAUGAUGCCAUCAAAUGUUACAUCACCAUCAUUGUUUUAACAGUAAAUUUAAACAGAAAAAUGUAAAUUUGUCACCAAUAUUAAUGGGCACUAACAUUGAUGUUAGCCAAAAUAAGUCACGCAAAUAAUUGCCAUCAUCAUUAGUGUUUACCAAUACUUGCAGGAUGUUAGCAAUAUUAUUGCCACGAAAAUUUAUGUUGUUAUAAUUAAUGUUAAUCAAAUAUUGUAUAUGUCAAUAUUUAUGGCCCAAACAUUAAUGUUGGCAAAAAUAAUGCUACCAUGUAUCAAUGUAACUAGAAUUAAUAUCAUUUUCAGUUUAUUUAUUUUUGUUGUGUAUAUUAUAAUUGAAAUGUUUAAUUCUUUGAAGAAUUUUACCAGUAAUAAAGGGUAGGCUUAGAUAAAACUGAUUAUAUAGAAUAGUUAGAAAGUAGAUGAAAUAUUAUUAUCUGUGUUUGUAAUAUUUGUAUCUUAUGUUUAUAAAUAAAUAUAUAUAAAUUUGUUUAAGCUUUGUAGUUAAGUAUGUACAGUUAAAAAGAUGGCAUUGUCCGAUGCAUCAAUUGGUUGAUGACAAACAUGAGGUCAACUGAUGCCAGAAUAUGUAAUUGCAUGUUAUAUUAAUUAAGUGUAUUGUUUACUAUUCUUUUUUUUUUUAAAUUUAACCACAUAGACAUUCACAUAGACGUGUGUGUGUGCGCACACAUACAUAUAUAUUGACAUUUAUAUUUUGUUAACCUAACUUAAUAUGCUGCUAGGCUGCAAAUUACGGGUUCUGGAGCUGAUUCAUGUUUAAUGUAACAAUCAGUAUGCUACAAGCAUGCUACAGAUUUGGUGUUAUAUUAUAUGGCUAAGACAUACUGCACAACAUGAGUCUAUAGGCCUACUGGAAUUCUGGGUAUGGUCAUGCAACUCAGUAUGGGAAUAUAACAAUCAGAUAUAUGCUACAAGCAUGCUACACAGUUGGUGUUAAUAUGGCUACAUACGCCACAACUUGGGUGAGCUAUGCAACAAAAAUAAUGUUAGCUUCUAUGCUACAGAAUAGAAGAGGCGUGCUGAACAUGCUGUAGCAAUGCAUUUACCACAUAUUGUUUGCAUUAAUAUUCAUGUUUGCCACGCAGCAUGGUCAUGCUACAUGAUGGGUAUGCUACACUGAAUAGGCAUGGUACAGAAUAUGGGUUUGCCACAAAAUAUUCCCAUACAGUAAUUUGGGUUUGCUACACCUGGGAUGCUGUACUGUACAUGCAUUUGUUACACAACAUUGGUAUUCUGCACUAAGUUUACCACAACAUAUACACAGCUGUAGCAUACAGCAUGGACAUGGCACACAAUUGUGGUAUGGCAAGCAAAAUGGGUUUUUUCCUUAUUCAAACAGUUCGGGGUUGCCAUAUGACAUGACCAUAAUGAAUAUGCUUAAAGAGCAUAGGGUUGCCACAAUUUAACGAGUGAUGCUACAUGAUAGAUGCAGCCAAAUAUUAACAACUCAAUUUAUUAUGACAUUAUCAAACAAAAUAGAUAUAAAAUUAUGUUGAAUACUUUAUAUUCAGAAACCUACAUUAUACGCUGCGAUAGUCUAGCACUCGAAUCCACAAAUGUAACAAGCCAUCAAGUGUGAAAAUGUUUCGCUGUGCCUGGGCUUAUUUUUUCAUUGGUCAUAGUUGGUUUCAUUCCUGAGGAAAAAAAAUUAAUAGUCUCUGCUUUCCUUUUCUUUUUUAAACAACCUGGGCGAUCAAGUGAUUAAUUUAUGCCCUUAUACCACUGUGUUAGUAUAAUGAACUUUUACAUGGUUUAUACUGUUUUCAAAACAAUAUAGUGAAAAUAUGUGUAUGCAUGAAAGUAUCAAUUCAUUCCAUAUAUUAUGAUUAUUGAAAUAAUAAUUAACUUGAAAGAAUAUGAUUGUUUUCAUUAAACCAAUUUAUCAAAUGUUUUGAUCAGCAAAAAAAAUGUUAAAUCUAUGUUUUUGUACAUCAGAUUUAUUUCACAGUGGUAUAUAAUUGCUUUUCCUUGUUAAAAUUUGUAUUUAUUACGAACUUGGGAUCAAUUGGCCAAAAUGUUUCCUAUUUAAUUUUAAAAAAUCAAAACAAAAUUGUCUUUCAAUAGGGGCCACAGCUAAAUGAGCAAAAUGUGCUUUCAGUGUCUGUGAUUUCCAUUCCUCAGAAACAUAUAAAACGUGGGGAAUAUAACAUUAUUUCUCGUCAGUAUUAUUACAUAUAAUCAUUUAAAAUUUAUAAUUCCCUGGAACAAACUCCAUUUCCUCCAUGGUAGCACUGGCUAAUGAAGCCCACUGUUGUGAACCGUCCCAGCGUUAUACAACGAUCGGAUGACGUCAGUGCGAACAAGACCAGAGCAGUUAUUGAAAGAUAGCUCUGUCAGUUUAUGAACUUUAUCCUGUGUUACAAAGUUAAUUUUAAUUAUAUGUAAUUUAUAGAGGAAUACAACUGUUAUUUAAAUUGUACGUAAAAUUUAUUAUAACAUAUUAAAGAUGUAUCUGGUAUUUAAAGACACAGCAUUGGUCAUUGUAUUUAUGCUACUAGGGAGUAUUCGAUUGCACGACGACAAUAUAUGACCUAGAACGUAAUGACGUCACUUAAAAGUCACCUGAGCAGAUUUUAGACGGUUGUAUGGAGUACGUAAGACGUUCACGGAUGAGUGAAUCCGUUCUAGCGUUACGUCGUCGUGCAAAUCGGAAGCUCCCUUAUGAAGGAAUUUUAAAACUCUUUUAGGAUUACGCGUUUAUUAUUUUUGUACCAAUCAUCUAUAGCUAUUUAAUUUAUUUCAAAAUAGCACUUGGUAUCUAGUGGAUUCGUUUACAAAAUAUGUUGUGCCAUCUCAUUAAUGUAGCUUAUGUCUAGCAUUGUUAUUAUAAUCUUUUUAUAUAAAAUA